ACUUUGUAGACAAAAUUUCGCCGACCUACUGCUACAGAUAAAAGAAUAUAAAUUGAUGAUAAAUUAAUCGAUACCAGAGUAAAAAAUAUAGCAAAAACAAACAAAACAUGGCAGAUUUAUUCAGUAACACAUCUACGUUUGACGAUAGUCGAAAGCCGAAAAGUGGCGAGGCUGAAUUACAGGAAUUUCUGAUGGUCGAAAAGCAGAAAGCUCAAUUCAAUGCGCAGAUACACGAGUUCAACGACUUCUGUUGGGACAAGUGUAUGGACAAACCAGGUAGCAAGCUGGACAGCCGGACAGAAACGUGUCUAAACAACUGCGUGGAUAGAUUCAUAGAUGUGUCUCUUUUAAUAACGAAUAGAUUUGCUCAGCUACUCCAGAAAAGUGCAGGUGGAAUGUGAAUAUUAGCUGAUUAGUUAUAUGUGCCACAAAUUUUUACAACUUACACUUGUUAAUGCGGCUCGAUAUUGUUAAAAAAAUAGUCCCAGAAUAAAAAUGUUCAAAUUUCUUUUAACAAAUUGACAAGUCACAACACUGAUUCGUUUCCUCCAAUAUUGCAGCAAUGCUACAAUAUCAGCAACUAAAUUGUCUCACCAAAUAAUUUACUGACCAUACUAGCUUAGCGUGAAAAACUGAGGAACGGUAAGACCUGAGUUCAAAUCCCCAGCCUGUCAAGGAGAACUUGAGCAGCAGCUUUUCUGCAGUAAGAUUUCUGUAGUAUUCCGUGUCCCUUGUGCAAAUGUGAGUGUUUCUGCUAAACAUCUUUAGAUGACUACAGUCGUAUGAUGAUGAUCUCUAAUUCAUCUCUUCCCUUGCUCUGCACAAGAUUCCAAUAAUCUACUGGGUAUGUCGAGAAAUGGCAGUGCUUAUCAUUAUUAGUGUAAGAAUCUGAGUAGUUAUUGAGACUACAAAUUUGCAGAGUCGAAAGUGGUAACAGGGGGGAAUACUUCAAGUUCUGAUCUACUGGAAAUAAAUGUAAAAUAUUUUAAACAACGUUCAAUUAUGAUUAUUGUAACAAUAAGUUAUAUAUAGUCGUGAAAAAAUAUAACGAAUAUUUAUACGCCUCUUUCACAUAAGAACAUUAUAUACAUAUCGGUCGUUGUGGUAAACACAUGUUGUAAAAUGCAUCUUUUUUCCAGAAAUCUUGAUUCUUCCAUCCACACCAGCCUUUGGUAAUAAUUGUUGUUAAAUUUUCUCCGCCCGUAUAGUGAGGAUCGAGAAUCAAAAACUUCACAUCUCCCGAAUUCUCAUUGUAGUCUAUGCCCAAGAUUGUGUGAGCCAACACACCACCACCUAAUCAGAAAUAUAUUAGAAUAUUUUGAAACUGACCUUCGAUAAUGUAUGAAGCUUGCUAUAUGUAAUAAAAAAAUUUGCCGGUUAA